AUGGAGUCUGACAUCAGAGCCGUCCUGCCGGAUGUCGACCCGGUCGUCUCCGAGUACUCCGCAGGUUAUCUGAGGCAUGCCUCAACCGCAUGGAACGAUGAGGAGGAAUCCACCGGUCUCUCGCCUCUGGACGAGGCGGCCAUCGCCAUCACCGAGUUGCUCCUCUCUGCUUCCGGCAAUGCCACCGGCGCCGAGCAAAAGAAGGUCCAGGAGCUCGUCGCCAAGUGGGUUGGAAAGUACGAAGCCGCCAACGAGCAUGGUGAGCGCCGGGGCCCCUCUGCUGCAAAGCGUCUGGACCAAGCCUUUCAGGUCGGAAGCCAGCGCAAUAUGUCCUCCACCCUCGCUGUGUCGACGGGCACCAUUGAUCUCGAGUCCGCCAACCAGCGCAAGGUCGAAUCCAAGGUCGACCGCAAGAAGCUGGAGAAGGCGGAGCGCAAGAUCGCCGCCAAGCAGAGCAAGAAGGAGUUCAAGAACGUCGAGUACGAGGCGUCUCGCCUUCUGGAGCAGCCUGAUGAUGCGCAGUCGUACGAGGAGUUCUACAUGGCUGUCAACCCUCUCCAGUUGGGCGUCAGUACCACCAAGACCAAGGACAUCAAGAUCGACAGCAUCGAUGUGUCGAUUGGUGGCCUGAGGAUUCUGACGGAUACCAGCUUCACGUUGGCAUAUGGACACCGUUAUGGUUUGGUUGGUAACAACGGUGUGGGUAAAUCCACGCUCUUGCGUGCUCUCUCCCGGAGAGAAGUGCCGAUUCCUACGCACAUUUCGAUUCUACACGUCGAGCAAGAGCUUACGGGAGACGAUACUUCUGCUAUUCAGGCCGUCCUGGAUGCUGAUGUCUGGCGGAAGGUAUUGCUACGGGAGCAAGGUGAACUCACAGAAAAGCUUGCAGCGAUCGAGUCGCAGCGAACCGGUUUGGCGGAUACUUCGGCAGAUGCGGCCAGGCUGGACCGUGAGCGAGAGACUUUCGAUAACAAGCUUGGAGAUAUCCAAGAGAAGUUAGCAGAGAUGGAAUCAGACAAGGCCGAGUCCAGAGCUGCGAGUAUCCUGGCUGGUCUUGGUUUCUCUCCCGAACGUCAACAGUUUGCCACAAAGACCUUCUCUGGUGGUUGGCGUAUGCGUCUGGCCCUUGCCAGAGCCCUUUUCUGUGAGCCUGAUUUGCUUCUUCUCGACGAACCGUCCAACAUGUUGGACGUUCCCUCCAUUACUUUCCUUUCAAACUAUCUCCAAGGAUACCCUAGCACCGUUUUGGUUGUCAGUCACGACAGAGCCUUCCUCAACGAAAUCGCCACCGACAUUAUCCACCAACAUUCCGAGAGACUCGACUACUACCGAGGAGCGAACUUCGAGUCGUUCUAUGCCUCGAAGGAGGAGCGCAAGAAGGUGUAUCAACGAGAGUACGAGAACAAUGUGGCACAACGUGCUCACUUGCAGACUUUCAUCGACAAGUUUCGUUACAAUGCUGGCAAAGCCGCUGAGGCUCAGUCACGCAUCAAGAAGCUGGAGCGCAUGCCUAUCUUAGCGCCCCCAGAACAAGAGUACAGUGUCCACUUCAAGUUCCCUGAUGUGGAGAAGCUGUCUCCUCCUAUCGUGCAAAUGUCGGGUGUCACCUUUGGAUACAACAAGGACAAUAUUCUUCUGAAGAAUGUUGACCUAGAUGUCCAGCUCGACUCUCGUAUUGGUAUUGUUGGACCCAAUGGUGCCGGUAAAACGACAAUCCUCAAGCUACUCAUCGGCAAAUUAGAGGCUACCGAUGGGUUGAUCCAGCAAAAUACCCGACUACGCAUCGGUUUCUUUGCUCAGCAUCACGUCGACGCCUUGGAUCUCACCAUGAGCGCCGUCAGCUUUAUGGCUAAGAUGUAUCCUGGCAGAGCCGACGAAGAGUACCGACGGCAACUUGGAGCAUUCGGUAUCACCGGUACCACUGGCCUCCAGAAGAUGGCCGUCCUAUCCGGAGGUCAGAAAUCUCGUGUGGCAUUCGCUUGCUUGGCGCUCACUAACCCGCAUAUUCUUGUUCUUGACGAGCCUUCCAACCAUCUUGAUAUUGAGGCCAUGGAUGCCUUGUCAGAGGCUUUGCGAGCCUUCCAAGGAGGUGUACUAAUGGUCUCCCAUGACGUGACCAUGUUACAGACUGUGUGUAAGAGCUUGUGGGUUUGCGAGAACGGUACGGUAUGGAAGUUCCCGGGAGAUGUGCAGGCAUACAAGAAGAGAAUUGCAUCACAGGCAGAUGCCUCGGGUGUUGUCAAGCAGCAUUAG